AUGUCUGCUCCGACGAACCCGUUGCUACUGAAUUGCGAUGCAGAGCCGGACUUAGCUGAGCGAUCUUUGUUGCAGGAAGCCUCAAGCCGGCGAGGAAUAUUCGGAUACAAGCUAUCAAACGAUUCGUCAGUGAUUAGGGCAUUCAAAGACGCUUUCUAUGAUCUGACGCGUAUUGGUAAGAAGAGCAAGGAUAGUCGCCCACUUGAUUGGUGUUUCGUCCGGCGAGUCCUCUGGGCCAGCUGCUGGAACCUCGACGGAGAAGAUAGGUGCCAGCCUGAUGGAGAGUUUCGAUUAGAUGGCAUAGAUCAACUUGGUGGCUUUGAUUGGUGGGCGCCUGGGGGAUUCUUUCAAAUCACACUUGGCUGGGGUCGGUUUAGUUUUGGCACUGCGAAGCUCAUUGAUGUUAUUUGGGACUUGGUUGUUGGUCGAGGGGGCCAAACAGUCAUGGCUCUUGUAUCAUGGGAAGUGUUUGUCCAAUAUCUCCAACUCUCUCUCGUUAUGAAGCCGGCGUCUUACAGCACAGUGUGGCUUAUCAAGAUGCAAAAAAAUAACUCAGCUCUUGCAACUUGGGAACUUGCUUCGGGAUUCUUCAAGGUUGGCCUCGCAUCCAAAAAGGUCAUGUGCUUCAUUAUCUGGACAGCAUCAUUCAUUCUUGCUUUUCCGACCUUCGCUAGUUCAAUGACCGGAUAUACGCCGUACAACAAGGCUUAUGUUAACAGCACCAGCGGAAGGCUAGUGCAGUUUUCGGAAAUCGUCCCCGUCGCUUACUUGAUAAAAGAUGGGAAUAGAGUCGAUGGCCUGAGCAAGGACUAUCCUGUAUUAUGGAUAGGCAACUCAGAGACUAUUGCCGAAUCUUCUUCUGUUGAGAUUUUUGACAAGUGUAAUGAGUGGGAUGUUAAUGACACGAAAGUUGAGUGCCAGCUACAAAGAGAUGUAUCUGAGUAUGCUCAACUCUACGGUUUCGACGGAAAAGGCGGCCGUGAAACUCGAAACGGUCAGAAAACUUAUUUUCGUAACCAGACACUGAACUGGCCACCCCUCAACAUCAAAGCCUUCUAUCUCCCUAACAAUUUUUACUGGAACUGGACUUACCUUACUGAUGUGGCAUCUUCAACAACCCUUGGGACAUAUGAAGACAUUUCAGCCUCGGCAUUUAUUGUUGAGGAUGAGAUAUACAAUUUGAAAGAUAUCCAAGCGGGAGGAGUCUGUCAACCAAUAAAGAGCGGAGAAUCUAUCAAAUAUCAAUGGGGGUUUUCAUUUCUCCAGUUGUUCGUCAUGGCUAUCCUUCUUCAGUUGUGGAGCAUCAGUGUUUUUGUGUUGUGGGUAACCACAAAACAAACGCUGAAACGAAAUGACAUCGGAGCAUCAUCUGAAGGCUGGAAGGGCCUUCUCGAAUUGACGGAUAACAUCAAAGAACAAAUAAAGUCUGCUGGUAUCAUUUGGGAGGAUCUGACAGACAAAGAGCUACAUGGCGAAAUUCAGCAUCUUCUCACUGGGGGACCAGUUCCUAGGUUGUCGAGAGAAUCCGAGCCAGAGAAAACCCUACCUCGAGGACAUUUCAGUGUAUGGCGGUGGAUGUGGAGGCAUAAAUCACGUCCGGUAGAAGGCAUAUACUUCGUUGUUUUCAUUUGCCUGGAAAACAUUCUUCGCUCUGAUGGACUAUAUUACCACUUCGAUAAAGGGACUUUCUGCAUGGCGAUUGUUUUGUACGCCACCGCAAGCAUGAUUAUCUCAUGUGCCUUAGGAAAGACAUAUCGACAGAGGCUAUUGACUUUAUUAACAGCCAUUGUUUUAAGUUUCCCCUUCUUGCUGUACGAUGCCGGGGAUCGCGAUCUUGUCCUGCCAGGGCUCUGUCUGGGGGUUUUCCUUGCCUUUUUUCUUGGUUCUUCGAGGGGAAGUCGUGCUGUUUUGUUUAUCGUUCCUGUUCUUUGUAAUUAUUUCGCUGUUCUUGGCUUCUUCAUUUCUGUUGCUAAAAGUCGGCAGUCUGACUAUUAUCGUUAUCUAGAACAAUAG